AUGGGUCGUAGUUGCGACGCUCGCAAUCCCAGAAGCCGUGCUUCGUCAAGUAGCAUUUUCCCUGGCUUGCGGCUUAGCGGCAUCUUGCAUAACUCAAAAGGAACGCUCUCACGAAUGACUGUCCCUAAGUUCAGCGUCUGCGAGCAGCGUGUGCUCAGCACGCAAGAGUUAUUAACGUCUUCGGGCGGAACACCUCUACUUCCAUACUUUAAACUGCUCCAGGGUGGCAGCUUAAAGAAGAUGCCGCUCUGA